CAGACCAAUGGAUACAAGCUGUUAAAUCCGUCGUAAAAUUUUAGGUGAUCGCUACGCAGUUUCCGUCAUUACGUCAUUGCAUGACAAUAUUUAAAAAAUAUAAAGAAACGCAACAUAUAAAUUUGUACAAUGAAGUGGUUUGUGGGAAGUAUUAAUGAGGCGGUUGUAACAUCAAAAUCAAGAAAGGCAAUUUUCGUUGUGUUUGUUGAAGGCAAAGAUGACACAUCAGCACAACUUGCCCAGAUAAUUAAUGCUCCAGAAGUUUCUUCUCGUUUGGAAGAAGAGCAUUUUGUAGCUAUAAGAGUGGAGAGUGAAUCCGAGGCUUAUGGAUUUUUUGUACAGAUCUAUCAAUUGGUACCAGUACCAUCAUUAUUUUUCAUUGGAGAAAAUGGCACACCAUUGGAAAUUAUUGCUGGUGCUGUAACAGCAGAUGAUUUAGUAUUAAAGAUUAAUAAUGUGUUGACACAAGCAGGAAAGAGCAAUAAAAAUGCCUCUUCAAGCUUAAUUGAUGCAGAACAGAAAGCUGCAGCUAUUAAUACCAAUAAUGAUGCUGCUACUGCUGCUGAAUCUGUUGAAUCUGCUGAAUCUAAUAUAGAUGAUGUCGAAUGUCAUUCAAACACAGACUCUGUCACAGUUGAAUCCACAAAGGUAGAUAUUUCAAACAAUAAAGAUGUUACAGAAGAUUCUAUAAAGGCUGCAACUUCAUUAAACACAGAAGACAAAGACAAUAAUGAAAAAUCACAGGAAAAUGCUGAAACAACAGAAAUUCAGAAUCAGGAAUUGACAGCAGAGGAAAAGGUAGAGAGAGCUCAGAAAUUAAUAGAGCUUCAACGAAAACAACGACUAGAGGAGGAAGUGAAGAAAGAACGAGAACGUGAAAUCGAGAGGCGCAAGAGAGGACGUGACGUACAAAAAAUGCGGCAAAUGCAGCAAGAUUUGGAGGUGAAACAAGCUUGUGAGGAAAGAAUGCGGGAAAAGGCUGCUGAAGCAGCGGCCCGUGAAAAAGUUAGGCAACAAAUUGUUCAAGACAAGUUGGAACGGAAACAAAAAGAGCUUGCACUGCAGCAACAGUUGAAGCAACAACAGCAAGGUCAAGAGCAGCCUAAGCAAAAUCCAGUGCCCAGCAACGCAACUGUGACCAGAAUUCAAUUUAGAUUACCAUCUGGCAAUUCUCAUACAGGACAGUUCGAGCCAUCGAGUACUCUGCGCACCUUACGCAACUACGUCGUCGAAAAUAUUGAGCUACCCUUCCGGCAAUUCUCUAUGUCUACGUCGUUCCCUCGAAGGUUAUUGACAAACGAGGAGGACGACAAGACUCUCUUAGAAUUAGAACUGGUUCCAACCGCCGUUAUUUUAAUUCUUCCUUUGAAAAAUCCUAAUGCUACAACAACUGUCACAUCGGCACAGGACGUUGGCUUCUUAUCUCGCUACAUGUGGCCUUUGUUUACGCCCGUCAUUGGUGUUUACAACUUCAUAUUUGUCAUAAUAGGUUAUUUCUUCGGCACUAACAGAAAUUCGAAUCGCCAACGCAGCAAUUCCGACAGCGAUGGCGCAGAAACAACAAGAAACGCCGAUAGAGCGGCUUCGUCGAAUCGCCGAAAUGUAGCUCAGUCUUCGGGUUUGUUUAGAAGAUAUUUGGGUAACCAUGAAGGGACAACAAUCAGGGCGCAAGGAAAUAUACACAGACUGCAUUCAGAUGGCGAUGAUAAUGAUGAAAAUAACACUUGGAAUGGUAAUUCUACACAACAAAUGUAACUUAAUGAAAAUUUAGUUUGUGUCACGCAGCCGAUUGCGUUUUUUAAUUGAUCUUUACUAUGUUACAAUUGAUAUUCAACACUUUUCAUUGUUAAGCAACACACACGAAAGUUAUUCACAAUAUAUUUUUCACGCAAGUCACAUGUUCUGACAAACGACUUAUAGUAUAAUAUUUAAAUCUAUACACGUCAUUAAUAUUGUGUGAGAACAAUUAUUCGUUGAACAAUACAUCAUUGUCAGUAAGGUGAGCUGUUAUUUGAAUUGCCAUUAUAACGUAACGUUUAUUGAAAUGCUUUAUUACAUUCUACCAAACGUGUAUUAUAAUGCUAAUACAUAUAUAAAUAAUGCUGACGUAACGUUUACUAAAACGAUUCUAUACAUUCUAACAAAACAAUAAAUACAUGAAUAGAUAAUGUUUGGAAAGGGAGAUUAUAUGAAAAUGGAUUAUGAAAUGUUUAAGUAACGGGUGAUACAUGGACCAAAUGUAACAAGUUUCGUAAAUACCAACGUGCGAACUAUAUCUCGUGAAUUUUCUUUAAGUUCGUAUAUUUCAAAUCUAAUAUCUACUUUAUUAGUCUAUAUAAAUCUUAAGUUUGACAGUGACAAGUUUUUUCUACGUUUCUCAAAUCAAAUCUUUUUUUUUUCAAUGUUUGAGUAAUAGAAGAUGCUAAUUAACAUUGUUUCAAUAACAUAUUUCUGCACACUUUUUAGAUUGUAUAAAUUUUAUAUUACUCACUAUUUCAAUAAUACAAUAGGAGUGCGAUUAUGAAUUAAGAUAAACAGUGUAUGGAAU